AUAAUAAUUGGGCUGAGUCUUAUUGGUUCUUUAAAUUGAAUGCAGGCUAUUAUUCAAGAGUGUUUUCACCUCAACCAUUGACCCAAUGCUGCAUAAAUCAGUUUUUAUACACUAAACCUGUUUGUGGCCUUCCUCAUCGUCCACCUUAUAACCCAAGAACGCCUGAGAAGUGUUUUGCUAAACAAAGGAGGUGAUGAACAUCUGCGCCCUGUUCGAUUGCCUCUAGCGCAGCCCAGCCAGACACGCGCAUGCAUCAUUGAAGUGGAGCAGCAGCGCGCUCGCAAGUGGAGGCGCGAGUCUCUCUCUCUCUCUUUCUCUCUCCCCAAAAUUCAGAGGCGCUCUGCAAAGUGUCAGCCCUGCUCAGUGGAAAUCAUGUCUUUGAACACUAUGAAGAAGAGACUCUGCCAAUAAACGUUAAAAAGGCGCCUGACUGGAACAAGUCUGUGUGAAGUUCACUCCAUCAUUUAGUCCAGUGAAAGACGCCAGGAUGCGCGCGGAACUCGGUAUCCUUUGUGCUUUGACUUUCCUGGUCUCGUGCACCCAUGGCGCGCGAGUUGUAAGCGGUCAGACGGUAUGUCAAGGCAGUCCUGAGCACCCUUGCUAUAAGAUUGCUUACUUCAGGGACGUGACGAGUCGCGUUGCGUUCUCGGAGGCUCUGCACGCAUGUGAAAUGGACGGCGGUUCGUUGCUGAGCAUUGAGAACACGGCAGAGCAGAAGCACAUCGAACACCUCCUGCGGGAACUCAGCAUCUCCACUUCCACUAGUGCUGCCACCGGGUCGGGUAUCACAGACGGAGACUUCUGGAUCGGCCUGACUCGCGCUGAGGGCGAGAACGUACAGGAGCCUGGCGGCUUCGCCUCAUGCCCCAACCUGUACAGGUGGACUGAUGGAAGUGUCUCACAGUUCAGAAACUGGUAUGCUGAUGAACCAUCCUGUGGAGGAGAAGCUUGUGUGGUCAUGUAUCACCAGCCUACCGCUCUCGCCGGGCCUGGCGGGCCAUAUCUCUACCAGUGGAAUGAUGACCGGUGCAAUAUGAAGCAUAAUUUCAUCUGCAAGUAUGAACCAGAAAGCUACCUGGUAAAAGAGCAGAGCGACAGGCCUGGAGGGCGUGAUGUUGAUCUUUCAACAGAAGAACAAGAGGAGAGGAGAACACCUCCCGCCGACCAGGGCGAGAGCCCUCAACUUAUAAUGCCAGGGCCCUCAAGUAUGCUGCUAAUCUAUGUGAUUAUCCCCACCAUCCCUCUUCUCUUGCUGAUCCUGGUGGCUUCAGGGACGUGCUGUUUCCAGAUGUUGAGCAAGAGUAAACCACGGACCAAAACAAGCGUUAACCAAUCAACUCUCUGGAUCUCCAAGACGCCAAAGACAGACAGUGGCAUGGAGGUUUAAAGAUUCAUCUCUACGAUUCAAGCAGCUUCCUGGUUCUGUCCACUAUGUUGCUUGGUCAGCAACACGCUCGUCCGGUUAUUAGUUUAAUGUGUGAUUUAGUAAAACAAGCUCAAAUGUGCAGCACCAGAAGAGCAGUAACAAACGUAUCGCACUUCUGUACAAAUGUUGUGUUCAGAGCUGGUCCUCAGCCUCUUACAACCACAUAGUUUCCUGUUCACUCCCAUGACCUUCUCCAUUUCAUGUUUCAUGUCAGAUAGCGUGACCUGAGGGUACUGAAGGCUGCUUAGGGAGGGUGAAUGCUAAUUGGCACCAAACACAGUGAGCAAUUAAAUUACUGUAAUUAAAGCAAGUACAAGUGGGAACCACAUAAAAAGAGGAAUUAAGAGUCCCUUCUAACAGCGAAUAGUGUCACACAAACUGAAGCUAGUGACACAGUAAAGAAAUGAAUCGCUUAAAGAGCAUAAAAUAGCCUGCUUCAAAAGGGUUCAGAAGAACUUUGUGAGCCAUUCAAGAAAUUAGAGGCCUAUUUAAUCUAAAACAUUACUCAAGCAGUGAUGCAUUGCCUAUGACGCCAUAAUAUCAUGCAUAAUAACCCGUGUACAACUGAUAAUUUGAUAAUGAUGAGAUUUAUUUUAAAACAUACAUGAUCGUUACUUAAAUUACUGGAAUGACUGGCUUAAAUAGCGACUGUUUUGCUCUGCAGCUUAUCAAAAAACAUGAAUUUAUCAGAAAUGUACAUAUUUUUUGUAUGAUGCUGUUACAAAGCUGCUUUAAGCUGACACUUAUAUGCAGUAUUUUGCAUGAGAAUAUUUGAUCAACACUGCAUAUAGAAAAUAUCCACGCUAUAAAGUAUUAAACUGGUUUGCAUCAUUGUGAAAUAUUGGAUCAGAUAUCAGAAGUUAGUCGGUUAGACGUCUGGCUGUACAGGAAGAUGCAUUUCUGUGAGUGUGGGUAAUAUUGUGUGUUUGGAUUUAAAAUGUGCUGUUAAUACUUUUUAUAUUUUUGAGACAGGAAUUGGACGUGUACAAACGGAUUAAAUAUAUUUAAUUGUGAAGAUGUUUUAGUAUGUUUUUAUGUCUCUAAAAUGAUGCUAUUUGUUUGUAGUACCACAUACAGUAAAUGCUUAAUCGCCAACAAAAACACCAGUCUUUUGAGUUACUUGAUGUUUUGUGAUUCAUCACAGAUUUAAAAAGCUGUAUGUAAGUUCUUAUCGAUAAACAACUUUUAAUGUGAUUAGCAGAUAUUAAAUAUGAUUAGGAAUCGUAUUCAAAGAAUUCACGUCCUUAUCUCUGCUCCUCAAACACUCAAGGAAAAAAUACCUUAGAUACACAGAUCAAAGCUGAAUAUACAGAUUACUACUGGCAAUUGCACCAUUUGUAUUUGUUUUAGAGAAACACAGUUGUGG